AUAAAAUGCCAAAAGGCAAAGGCAUCAGCAAUGAACAUAGAGAAGUAAUUGUACUUGUACCAUGAAUCUGGGAAAAGUAGCAAAACUAUUUGGAGUCCAUUAUCGUACAAGACAUGUCACGACAGAUGGGAGACAGUCAUCGAAGGUUUCUCCAGACCAUGAUGACCAGUGGCAUCACUGAUGAGCAAGGAGCAAAGGCACUUUAUCAGUAUUGCUGUGAAACACACAACUCACAAUAUGCUCCAGACAAACUAGAUGACUUCAUUGAUACCAUCAACUCAAAGCUGCAGCCAUUGUUUAUGCAGAUAAGAAAAGGGAUGUCGGAGGACAACGGUCAGCAGUUUUACGCCCUGGUAAACACAACUGAGACAGAUAUCACCAGGAUGUCAUCAGAUUAUGCUGACAAUGAACUGGAGCUGUUUAAGAAAACAAUGGACCUAAUUGUGAGCUCUGAGAAUGGCAAGGCCUCCUCCACUGAAAUUCUUAAUUGCGCCGACACCAUCUCCAACAAAAAGCUGAAGAAGAGUGAAACAGAGCACCUGUUGAACCGACUCAUCCAUGACAAAUGGCUGUGUGAGCAACAGGGGGAGUACACUCUGUCCACCCGAUGUAUCAUAGAGAUGGAGCCAUAUAUUCGCACAAUGUAUCAAGACCAGGUCAAAGUGUGCCAAAUCUGUCAUAAUGUUGCUUUUCAGUGUCAAAUUUGUGAGAACCCUACGUGUGGCAUAAAAAUACACAACCCGUGUGUGGCCAGAUUCUUUAAAGGCAGAACGGAGCCGCGGUGUCCUUCUUGUGAUGAUUUUUGGCCGCAUGAAAUCCCUGAAGUCAGGCAGCCACAUUCAAAGUCCAAGAGAUGAUGGCUUAUAUGUCAGCUUCCCCCCCCCAAAUAUUUAAAUAAUUUUAUCACAAAUUUGUAAUCAACAUUUUACCACAAGUGUUUUAGAUGUUUUAACAUAAAUAAAACUUUCUUU